AUGAAUGUACGAAUGAAUCAAGUGAUGCAAAAACUUGGCAAACAAAUGGACAAAAUAAGAGAAAAACUGGAUGAAGUGAAUGCUCAAGAAAUGGAAGGAAGUCGGGAAUAUGAGGAAUUUCGACGAAAAACUACAUUUAUUAGAAGACAAAAAAGAAAACAUGGAUUGAUUCGAAACAUUGGAACAUUUUUAUAUAAUUGGGCGAUUUUUAUUUUAUCGUUAAUUGGGUGGUAUAAAUCUGUGAAAAAAGUAGUGAAGGAAAUGAAGAAGACUGAAGAAUUACCGUCAGUUCAGAAGAAAAAAUUUGGAUUCAUAUUCAAAAUUUUCAGAAACGUGUCCCCUUCUCAACAUACUUUGACUGUUGUCUUUCCAGAAGUUUCAAAUCCCACGACGACUGCAACGAAUAUAAGUGUUCUCCCAAAAAAACAACAAUAA